GGAGAGACCCCCGCGGGACGAUAAUGCGGGAGUAGCACAACGGUUUUCCAUAACCUAAGUUGUAAAUCGUGCGGAGAUAUGCCUCCAACAAAGAAAGGUGACUUGGAUAAGUUAGCAUGGGCAUGGAUAGAAUCUGUCAAUCCAGAUGAGGUCGACAGAAUACAUUUAGAAACUGCAUAUAGAAUUGGAUUAAAGAAUUGUAGAAAUUGCAAACGUAAUUGCACCUACAAUCCCCAAUGUCUAACAGGUUUGGGAGAGGAAAAAUAUAUAAAGUCUCAGCCUGCUGAAGUAGUGUCUUUAGAAAGUUCCCUUUCUGAGCUACGCGAUCCAACUCAAUAUGUAGGUUUAAAGAAUCUAGGUGCUACUUGCUACGUCAAUAGUUUAAUCCAAAUGUGGUUUCAUAACGAAGACAUGAGGAGGAUAAUAUACAAAUGGGACAUUACGGAAGAUCCGGAAGAAAAGGAGGCGUUGUACCAGUCAAAGAAAGCAGGAAUACCCUAUCAUCCUGUAACGGCAGUCGGCCAGUUGCAGUACAUUUUUGCGAUGAUGCAAUUCGGCAAUCGGAGUCUUCUCGAUCCAAUCAAUCUCGCUAUCGCGUUAUCCCUGGAUACUAGAACGCAGCAGGAUGCUCAGGAAUUCUCCAAGCUUCUACUGUGCCAUAUCGAAGGAAAGCUACAGCAAAACUCAGAGCUGAAGUCGAUGUUGCAGAGGCUGACCCAGGGAAAAUACAGCUAUAUCAAUCGUUGCUCCACGUGCAGUACUGAGUAUCCAACAUCCACCACGUUCUAUGAAUUGGAUCUACAGCUGGCAGCAACUUUGAAGGAGGCGAUCGACAAUUAUUUAUCAGAAGAACAGCUGACGGGUGCGAAUCAAUACCAUUGCGUUACUUGCAAUGAUAAAAAGGACGCCAGGCGAUUCAUACGAUUGGAGUCUCUCCCGGAAACUCUAAAUAUUCAACUAAUGCGUUUUGUAUUUCAUAGAGAUUCCGGACAGAAGAAGAAGUUGAAUUCGUAUAUUCAGUUUCCCGAAGAUCUUGAUAUGUCGGAGUACGUUAGGUGUCAGCCGCAAACUCACCUGUAUAGUCUCGUUGCAGUAUUGAGCCACAAAGGUCCAUCCGCGCAUUCUGGGCAUUACAUCGCGAAUAUAUGUAAUUCAAGCGGGGAGUGGUAUCAGUUUAGCGAUGAUAAAGUUGAAAAAAUGCAGAAUAAACGAAUCGAGGAUGGCGUAAAUGAUAAAUCAAUGAAACGUGGACGUGUUCCAAAAGGAUUCCUAUCGUCCAAUACGGCUUAUAUGUUGGUUUAUAAAAAGUUAACUGCAGAUUGGCGAACAAACGCUGCGAAGAAAAUGAAAUUGAAGAAACCUGAUGCGGAGGUAAAUGUCUCCAGCGACGUCGUUUGUUCGGAGAAGUUUACUGUUCAAGAAAAGUCAAACUCUUCGGAUGAAAUAAAAGAAAAGCAUGAUGUUGAAGAUGUACCAUCAAUUCAAGAAGAAAGUUCUGAUAAGAUACCGAAAUUAAAUGCAGAGGAUAAGAUAGAAAGGGAUGACUCUGCAAUAUCUGAAAAGACUGAUAUACUUACUACGGAUACAAGUGAAACUAUAGAAACUGUUGCUAGCACUAACGGAUGUAAAGAUGUACACGAUCCCACUUUGGAUGAAUUACAAAAUAAGGUUCACUGUCUAAAGCAGCCGGUGGUAAAAGUUGUUAAACUUGAUUAUAAACGAUUGAAUGGCGAUGCACACAGAGCUAUGAGUUGCGGAGAACGAGAUUUUUACGAAGAGAUGGAAUUUGAGAAUUGGCAAGUAAGUAACACGAUGCGUGAACUUGUCAGACAAGAGAAUGUUAAACACGAAUUGAGCUUGUUAGCCGCACAACAAGAAAAACAAAAAGAAAUCGAAGAUCAGAAUUCCAAACGACAACUCGUAAUAGAUGUAUAUAACAUAAUUCAAUCAACAAUAUAUUGGAAUAAUUAUUAUUGGAUACCAACCGAUUGGUUAUCGAAAUGGUUGAUCGGACAUUCUACUACAACUAGCAUUCGUCCGAUCGACAAUUCCAGUUUAAUGUGCUCACAUUAUCGAGUCGAUCCACUGAAAGUCAGUCGUGCGAAAUGUGUGCCGGAGUUAGCGGCUCAGAUGCUUUACGAUAAAUAUCAAGGCGGUCCGCGAUUAGAUCAGACAUAUUUGUGCGAAAUCUGUGUUAAACGACGUUGCAAAUUACUACGUUUUAAGUUAGCACUUGAACGAGAUCACAAAGAAGUUAGCGAACUAAUUCGUGCAUUUAAAGAACCUACUGAGACGAGUUAUAUAAUCGGUACUGAUUCACUGCGAUCAUGGCGAAGAUUAGCUAUGGAAACGUUUCAAGAGGAUAUGGAAGAAAAAGUGGAUGAUUGUCAGGAUACUAUACAAGAGGAGACUAGAAAUAUAGACAAAGAUGGCAAUGAUUGCCCGAAAGAAGUUGAGGAAAACAAAGAAAACGAAAUUAUUAUAAAUUUCAACGAAGACUUACUCUGCGAACACAAAUCUCUUAAAACGGCGGACUCUAGUAGGAAAGUGAUACCUCAAGAGGCGUGGUCGAUUUUAAAAAAAUAUUUUCCGGAUUCGAACGAAUAUCCCGUUGGAUCAUCAUCUUGUUCAAUUUGCGAGGAGAGGAUGGAAAACGCACAGCGAGCAAAGAAGGACGACAAAAUAAAGGCGAAGCAACAGAAAGACGAACUUACCGACUUGUAUUACGGAAAAAAUAGGAAUGAAAUCUCCAAGUGCGAUGAUCCUGAGAAACUGUUCUACAUCGUUGAGAAAAGCUUCCUGGAUAGUUGGCGUUCCUUCAUUCGAUACGCAGAAAUCUAUUCGAGAACACCACCGGCAGGCAUCCAGAACGCAUCGCUUCUCUGCGAAGCGCAUAAAGGAUUCCUACAUCCGCCCAAAAUUAAUCACGAACUGUAUAGUAUAGUAACUGCGGAGGAAUGGACGAAGCUCAUGCAGUUUUACGAAGCCGACUAUCCCAUUAUUAUAAAGAAGAUUGGCGAUGACUAUCAGACGGAUCCCGGACCUUGCACGGCUUGCAUGUUAGCAAAGGUUGAACAGGAACGUCUGGAAAGUUUGAAAUACGAUAGGGCGACAAUCUACGUCAAAUGUAUUGAUGAAAACGAGGAAUCUAAAACCAAUAACGAUUACGAGGUAGCAUCAAAAAAGCCGAAAAUGGAGAAGUCUCGGCCAUCACGAAGUAGGAGAAAAUUAAAAGGAUCUCACGAGCUCAAAGUAUCUUCUGAAAUUACGUUGAAAGAACUCAAAGUAAUGACGAUGCAAAUAUGUGGCGCUGGGCCAUACGAUCAACAUAUAAUGUUGGGCGAACGCGAACUUACCGAUGAUAAUCUGAGCUUGGCGGCACUUGGAAUAUUUCCUGGAGCUCUACUUACGUUAAAGAUUGAUGCACCGAUAGAAAACGAUACCGACGUUGAGUCCGACGUUCACAAUUUCGAUUCUUCGUCGCCGGAAAAGGGCUUCAAGGGAACGGAACUGGUGCCGAGCUGAUCUGUAUGAACCUAUACUAUAAUGUAGCCAAUUUUCUUUGAUAUGUAAUAAUAGUCGAUUUAACGCAAGAUAUUUUUAUACACAAUCUAUAUAUAUGUAUGUAAUGUAACGUAUAUACAUAUAUAUACAUAUAUAUAAAUAUAUACAUAUAUACAUAUUAAAUAUAUAAAUAUUUGAUCCUUAUACCCGCGCAUCGGUUACCAACAAGUUGGGAAAAAAUAUAAUUCUAUGCUAUGUUGUGUCUUUACAACUCAUGCUACAUGAUAUAUUUGUUAAGAAAAUAGUGAUAAUGAGAUUUGUAAAACGUAAGAGAAAGAUGCUGAAGAUAGUAAAAUCAAGGCCGUAAAGAAGGCUUGUUGAUUUAUUAUUAUUACGAUGACUUUGUAAUUCACCAAAUUCUUGUGAAUUGAAAAAAUAAAGUAGAAACACGAA